AUGUUACCGCUUAUUACGUCAGGUGAUUGGGGUAUACUCCUGAUUACUGCUGCCGGGACUGUACUUGCAACUACCGCCGGACAUCUCCCACAAUGGGAGAAGGAGAAGUGGGCUUGUCGCAAGCGAGCCAGCCCGCCUUAUAUCUUGACCAGGGGCAACGGAGCCCAGCAUGCCGUUGCCAUUCUCGGCAACUGUGAAGGCUUGAACCUGGAAGAUAUGGCAUCGGGGUACCUCGAAACCGAGACUACUCUCCGGGCACGAACAAAUUUAUGGUAUCUUCUGAUCGUGGGCGUUCUCGGUAUCUGUCAGAACGUCUUAGCCGCGGGGCUGGCGCGGACUCAGGAGCCCCUUGGAAUGCCUCUGGACAUCGAAAAGGCGUACGGUGGGAAAAGCGUGAUGGGAACAUUGAGGGCCGUUGAAGAAGAAUACCGGGGCGUAGGCCACAGUAUGCUGGGUGUAUUCUUCCCUAAUGGGAUUAAUUCUGUCGAGGAGGAGCAAUGGGAGAAGAUCGAGCGGGAGCGGGAGGAGCGCGAAAGGGGGGGGUGGCCCAAGGAGAGGAGAAGACGGAGCAAGGGGCCGCAGACGGAGGAGACAUGGGAAAAGAAGAAGUACACGUAA